AUGAAUAACCGACUCAUUACUUAUCUAGAAGGAAACCAGCUUCUCUCAUCUAUACAGUUUGGUUUUCGAGCUGGUAAAUCAACCUCAGACGCGGUACAUGAACUCACCGACUAUAUAGUCACAGAAAUGGAUGGUGGACAAAAGGUUUUAGGCAUCUUUUUAGAUAUUGCCAAAGCUUUUGACACGGUUUCCGUACCCAACCUUAUGUCAAAGAUGGAAAGCCUAGGAAUCAGAGGUGUGCCACUGGAUCUCUUUAAAGAUUAUUUAAGUGAGCGUACACAGAGAGUUAGGAUAGGCGAUUAUCUCAGUGAUGAGCGUGUACUCACAUAUGGCACGCCCCAGGGGAGUGUAAUUGGCCCUACACUCUUCCUUAUCUAUGUCAAUGAUAUAGGUAUGCUCACUCUACCUAAAGGCAGGGCGGUAAUGUUUGCUGACGACACUGCUCUUGUGUGA